AUGGAGGCAGUACUGGAAUCGAUUCGGCAACAUCUGCUGGAAGAUGACAUAAUGGAAAUCUCUCAACAAUCCUUGUCCGUUGACUUGGGACCGGCCAAAGCACCGUCGUCAUCGUAUAGCCAGAGAAGAGGGGGAAACUACAAAGGAGUGAGAAGAAGACCAUGGGGCAAAUACGCGGCGGAGAUAAGAGAUCCGAAGAAGAACGGAGGCAGGAUCUGGCUGGGCACCUACGAGACGCCAGAGGACGCCGCCCUCGCUUACGAUCGAGCGGCCUUCGAGAUGAGAGGGGCCAAGGCGAAGCUCAACUUUCCGCAUCUCGUCGGCAUCGACGCCUUUCAACCGCCACGAGUGACAAACAAGCGCCGACGUUCACCGGAGGAGCCCAUCUCUAACUCUAAACGACGAACCACCCCUCACAUCAUUAACCUCACGGCCAGGCUCCCUUCCCUUGGAUUCUCUUUAUCCACCCUCGGGUCCUCGUUUGAUCCUACUGCGCAUUUUUUUGUUCGUUAUUUCCAGCCCAACCAACUGGGUGCGUGA